AACACCCCUGGCCGGAUGGAGAGCGCGCCUGCCGCUGCUCCCUAACUGCUGACGCCGCCGUCCGAGCCGCACACCGAGGUCCCUCCUACACCGAGACUAGUCCUUCUUGGGGGUGUUGGGGGUGCCCUAGACGCUGGGGAGCGCGCACCAUGAAGUCGGCGCUGUGCAGCCGCUUCUUCAUCCUCCUGCCUUGGAUCCUGAUCGUCAUCAUCAUGCUGGACGUGGAUCCCCGCAGGCCCGCGCCCCAACUCACUUCGCGCCCCUACUUCUCUCCCCACACAGUGGGCUGCGGGGGCUCCCGAGUCCCGCUCCGACGGAGCAGCCUAGGGCGUGACGCUGCCGAGAAGCGCAACGAGUCCCGGCCUCCGCUGCAGCCGGAGCCGCGGUUGCCCACCAUCUAUGCCAUCACGCCCACCUACAGCCGCCCGGUGCAGAAAGCCGAGCUGACCCGCCUGGCCAACACGUUCCGCCAGGUGGCGCAGCUGCACUGGAUUCUGGUGGAGGAUCGAGCCACACGCAGCGAGCUGGUGAGCAGCUUCCUAGCGCGGGCCGGGUUGCCCAACACGCACCUACACGUGCCCACGCCGCGGCGCUACAAGCGCCCGUGGCUGCCGCGCGCCACCGAACAACGCAACGCGGGCCUCGCCUGGCUGCGCCAGAGGCACCAGCACCAGAGCGCGCAGCCCGGAGUGCUCUUCUUCGCCGACGACGACAACACCUACAGUCUGGAGCUCUUCCAGGAGAUGAGGACUACCCGCAAGGUUUCUGUCUGGCCUGUGGGCCUCGUUGGCGGGCGACGCUAUGAACGACCACUGGUGAAAAAUGGCAAAGUUGUUGGCUGGUACACCGGGUGGAGAGAAGACAGGCCUUUUGCUAUCGACAUGGCAGGAUUUGCUGUGAGUCUGCAAGUCAUCUUGUCCAAUCCUAAAGCUGUAUUUAAGCGCCGUGGAUCCCAGCCAGGGAUGCAAGAAUCUGACUUUCUAAAGCAGAUAACAACAGUUGAAGAACUGGAACCAAAAGCCAGUAACUGCACCAAGGUUCUCGUGUGGCACACGCGGACAGAGAAGGUCAAUCUAGCCAAUGAGCCAAAGUACCACCUGGACACAGUGAACAUUGAGGUGUAGAAGAGGAAGUCUGGAAUUUAGGCUGCAGCUCAUUCAGGUAUUGUUCCUUUCCUUCAGCCCUUCCUGUCAGCCAAUGGACAUCUGUUUAGACAGCUAACUGGAUGCUACAAAAUGUGUUGUCUUCAUUUGUUCUGCAUGUGUUCUCUAAAGCUAAUUGGGAAGAUAUUUGUACAUUGAAGCUACAGGACACUGGGGAAAAU